AUGAAGUUCGCUUCUACCAUCGCCCUUGCGGCUCUCACGCUUCUCAACACCGUUCGCGGUGAUGCUGUACCAUGGGAGCGCAUUGACAAAGACGACGCACUACUCCUGAUUCUCGAUCUGCAAGUCGGUCUCUUCCAACUCGCCAGAGAUUGGGACCCAACCCUCUACAAGCAAAACAUCAUGGCACAUGCCGAGCUAGGCAAGGUCUUUGACAUCCCCGUCAUCCUAAGUACGUCUGCGGACCAAGGUCCCAACGGUCCUUUGCCCAAGGAGAUGUUGGAGAUGUAUCCCGAUGCGCCGCUCAUUAGACGUCAAGGCGAGGUUAACGCCUGGGACAACGCUGAUUUCAAGGCCGCUAUCCGCGCGGCAAACAAAACCCAAAUCAUCGUCGGAGGCAUCACUACAGACGUCUGCACCACCUUCCUCGCCCUCGCCCUCCGUGCAGAAGGCUACUCUGUUUUUGCCAACGUCGAAGCUAGUGGUACUUACUCGGAGCUCGUGCGCGAUACAGCAAAUUCGCGCAUGCAAGCCGCAGGUGUUCAACUUGUCUCGCUCUUCUCCAUCGUAUGUGACUUGAUGAGGGACUGGCGCAACACCCCCGGUGCGAAGGAGGUACUGCCAUACCUGGACAAGUACUUGCCGGUUUACGGAAUGGUGGCAAGGGGACAUGCUGCGGCUGUGGACAACGGAACGGUCAUUCCUGGAGAGAUCGAUCUCAUCACUGGAGAGAAUGGGACGAUUGUCAUUUAG